GUUUCAAGUUGGGUGAUUGGUUGUGAGUUUGUCUGUGUGGAGUUUUAAAAGCUAAUUUUUGCAGUGUUUAUGAUAAAAAGUUGAAUAUAACAUUCUGUGCAAAAGUGUUAGGAGUGAGAAUAUUUAUACACCCUGUGUUGGUUCCUAACAUAGGGUGACAAUGCUGCGCUUCCUGAGUCGGAGGGGGCGUUCUUCAAGCCAAAACCGUAACAAACAGAACCAGAAAGCAUCCAUCAAUAAAAACCUCAUACAAUGCAAGGUAAUGCUUCUUGAUGAUACUGACUUGUCUAUAAAUUUAUCAAAAAAAGCUAGUGCUGCUGACCUCUAUGAGCAGGUCUUUUAUUCAUUAGACUUGAUUGAGAAAGACUAUUUUGGUCUACAAUUCACUGACACUAACAAUGUAAAGCAUUGGCUGGAUCCCACCAAAACUAUCAAGAAGCAAGUAAAAAUUGGCCCACCAUACACUCUGAGGUUAAAAGUUAAAUUUUAUUCUUCUGAACCAAAUAACUUGAGGGAAGAACUUACUCGGUAUCAGUUCUUUUUGCAAUUAAAAAAAGAUAUUCUUGAAAGUAAAUUAGAAUGUCCCCAUUCUACUGCUGUCGAAUUGGCAGCUUUGGCACUGCAGUCCGAACUCGGAGACUUUGAUGAAGCUAUACACACACCAGCCACUGUGUCUGAAUUCCGAUUUGUACCCAACCAAACCGAGGAGAUGGAAAUUGAAAUCUUGGAGGAAUAUAAGAAAUGCAAAACUCUUACCCCAGCACAAGCAGAAGUCAAUUAUUUAAAUAAAGCUAAGUGGCUUGAAAUGUACGGUGUUGACAUGCAUAUUGUGCUAGGAAAAGAUGGUUGUGAAUAUCAUUUGGGUUUAACACCUACAGGCAUUUUAGUGUUUGAAGGACCACAAAAAAUUGGCCUGUUCUUUUGGCCUAAAAUUAGUAAAUUGGAUUUCAAAAAGAAAAAGCUUACUUUAGUUGUGGUUGAAGAUGACGACCAAGGGCGAGAACAAGAGCAUACUUUUGUUUUUCGUCUACACAAUGAGAAAGCCUGUAAACAUUUGUGGAAAUGUGCUGUAGAACAUCACACAUUCUUCCGCUUACGAGCACCAGUCAAAGGACCUUCUGCCAGACAAAACUUCUUCAGGAUGGGAUCCAGAUUUCAAUAUUCCGGGAAAACCGAAUAUCAGACCACGCAACAAAAUCGCGCCCGACGUACAGUUCAGUUUGAAAGACGGCCUAGUCAAAGAUUUGCUAGGCGUCAAAGCCACGUACUCAGAGAACGAGAAAAGCAAAGCAGCUCCAUUAAAGCAGACAUCAAUGCUACUACAGAGACUCCGAUCGAGACUCCCACCGCGUCAAUGGAUGCCACUGCGGUGCUCGUGCCUGAAACUACCGGCGGGACACUAUCUCGAAAGAGUAGUGCAAAGUCUCAGAGGUCAUCACUGCAGGAGACUGAAGGCAAAGGACCUGAGUUGGGUGAGCCCUCUACAAAGAACUUAGUAAUGGAUGAGCCAUCUGAUGAAGUUAUGAUAUCUAAAGAAGAUGCUAUUAGCAGCAAAAUACUAUUCAAAAUUGAAAAGCCUGUCCUGGAAGAAAAGAAAAAUAAUUUGACACAAUUAGUACUUAACAAGCCUUCAUGUAAUUGUUCUCCUGUGACAGACUCAAAUCCGCUAAAUGAUCUACUUAUGAGUUUGGUCAAGGAGAAACUGAAUAAUGAUGACUCUAAAAACGAAGUUAAACGAGAUCAAUUGGAUGCUGCUGGUGACAAAGAAGUCCCGAAUAAUCAAGCAAAGUGUUAUUUAUCGUCGAACAAAGCUCUUCCUCCAGGCCAAUUGAAAUGUAACAAUAUUUUGAAAGCACGGGAGAAUGAAGUUAAAAUAAUUAACGAGUCUACAAACAUAAAUGUCUCUAUUCCUUCAACGCCUUCACCGAAAAUUCUGAAUGAACCUUUGCCUCCUAACACAAACCCAAAUAAUUCUCAGUAUGUGUCUAUAGUGGUUGUUGAGCCUCCUCAUAAUCAAGCUAAAUUAGCUUCUCCAAAACCAGUUGAGAGAAAAGAGGAGGUUAUUCCUAAAUCCCAACCAAUAUCGUCAUUGUCGCCGUGGCUCGUAACGUCAGAGCCUAGUUCUCCUUCUGGUAUUGGCGAAAAAGAGAUUACAAUCAUCCACCGUAAAUCUGUUAUUACAACUCAACUAUGAGCGUUGCUUGAUCGAAGUGCUUAUUCUUAAAUUGCAAGGCUGCCAUACGCAGCUACAUACAAAUUUUCGUGAGUUGUUAUGGAGUGCAAUUUUUUAAACGCUUAUAGUUCGAACAUGGCCCUCGAUAACUACUGACGACACCGAAUCUGUAAUUUCAGUUCAGAAUAACAGUCUGAACUUCAUUAGAAUUACCUAUUUCAUCAUAGUUUAAUGAUUUUUCAUUUUAGCUUUUAAGUUUACAUAUAAUAUUCAUAUUAAUAAUUUCAACCAUUUAAUAAUUAUUGUCUACGAUUUUAUUCAAAAUUUUAACAUAACAAUUAAUUUGUAGCCAUCUCAUGCACUAGACGGUCACGAUUGGUGAUAGUUCGCGAGCUCUCACAGCGAACUUUCUGUACGCCGGUGAUUGGUCACUACUUAUAACCAACAGUACGGUUUGCUGUUGGGGUCGAGUUUGUAAGGUUCUUUACAUUGCCACAACCAAUUUACUAAGUUGUGGUCGUCUUGUACUCGAAGUGCCUUAAUUAAUCUAUAUUAUUAUAAAUCACAAUACACUAAGAACUUUUAAAUAAUUUAUACCGAUUUUAAUAGAUGUUAAGUAAGUGCCUUAUGUAUCUUUACAUUCCUAAUAAUUUUAUCUAAAUGUUAUAUAUUCACUUAUUCAUUUGUACAAUUUUAUUUAUCUCAAAUUCUCAAAAUUCCAUUUCACUUUAAGUUUCGUAAGAAACCCUAAGUGAGAUGUUUCUUUUGUUUUUACAUAAUUUCACGAAAUAAUAUGUAUUGUAUAGUUUUUUAUUUUUUCUGACUUAUUAUAGUAUCAUAGAAAAGUAAUCGGUUGAUCAACUGCUACUUUAUGAUAAUAUGUACAAUAUACAAUCAACAUGAAAAGUACACUUACAACUUACGGAUUUGAUUAAAUAAUUCGAAUUUUAAACUUGCAGAAUCAGCUGUAUUGGUUUGUGAAUAAUGUUAAAACUUUUCAUUGACUCAUUGGGUACCUCCUAUUGUAAACAAAUCUUACACUGGGGCCCAACAAUCCAUGUCCAGGCCAUUCAACGCCGCAAUGUUUUGAUAGAUUGACUACAUUUAUAAAAGCAGCCGUAGUAGUUCCAUCCACUGCGCUCGGUAGCGCAGCGGAGGCACCCCCACUUGUUAUUUAACAAAGUUGAUAAGUACUUAAGAAUUAUGUAUUUUUACAUGCAUUCCAAUAGUUUACGACGUACUUAAAAUAUUUACUUAAUUGUGAUAAACCGUCCAAUUCCCUAUUUAAUAGUGUUAUUUCAUUGUUUGCAUUUAGUGCAUGCAAUUUUUUUUCUAGUGUUAAGAAAAAUGUACGCAAAACAUACAUUGCAUCGCAAACAAACAUUGUUAUUUUGAUAUACAUCCCAAUACAUGAUAGUUCAUACAUCAAGUCAUUUUAGUCAAUGUUUAAGUAAACGUACAAAACGAGGUCAGCUUCAGAAAUAUUUAAUGCCUAUUUGCGAGCUGCCGCCUUAAAAACAAGUUUCCUAUUUAUUUGUCAGUAUUAUGAAUCGAUAACUCAGCGAUAGAAAUGUGGGUGCCAUAGAUUAGAAAAUAUCAAUCAGAAUAACUAUCGUGAUAUAUUUUUGUUAGGUAUUUUUAUUCCACCAAGAAAAA